UGUGAGUUUCAGGAUUUCCGGCUUGUUCAAUCAAAUAUUGGGUCCGCUCCUUCCAUAUUGGACCAAGCUGAUACUUCCUCUAAACCUUUGUCUCUCUCCUUCUCAUCUCCAAGGUAGAACAAUGCCGAAAGUGAAGACGAACCGUGUAAAAUAUCCAGAAGGAUGGGAAUUGAUUGAACCGACGCUUCGUGAGCUACAAGCAAAAAUGAGAGAAGCUGAGAAUGAUCCUCACGAUGGUAAGAGAAAAUGUGAGACAUUGUGGCCCAUUUUCAAAAUUGCCCAUCAAAAGAGUCGAUAUAUUUUCGACCUUUACCACCGCAGGAAGGAAAUAUCCAAGGAAUUGUAUGAGUUCUGCUUGGACCAAGGAUAUGCUGACCGCAAUCUUAUUGCAAAAUGGAAGAAGCCGGGAUAUGAACGUUUAUGUUGCUUACGUUGCAUACAACCAAGGGAUCACAACUUCGCUACAACUUGCGUCUGCCGUGUUCCGAAGCACUUGAGGGAAGAAAAGGUUAUUGAAUGCGUUCACUGUGGAUGCAAAGGUUGUGCAAGUGGAGAUUAGGUUUGCCUUUUCUUUCAGCAUCUUCUUCUUUGAUGUUAAAAUGAGGAGUUUUAAAGUAUUAUUGUUGUCUCGCUGCUCUUAAAUUUCUGCUAACUUUCCUUUCUCUGUUGUUGCUAUGAACCUGAAACUUCGCCAUUAAACCUGUGUCCUGGUUUUGGAUA